CGUGACGGAAUUGAGUCAUGAGCCUGACGAUGUGAGGUUGCGUACAUGCAGAACGACCGACGCAUGAAGAAGCGCAACAGGAGUUGAGCGCGCCCAGUCUCUAUUCAACUCUAUCCAAAUGCCAUUCUAAAGUUGGUAUUGGGAUGUACGACUUUUCUCUGUUUCCGUGGAUUUGAAUAAACUACGUUUUUAUUUUAUUUUGUUUUCAUCUGCCUUCACUUGUUAUCUCUUCGUGUUGGAAAAGUUGGUAUUUGUUUUACAAAAAUGGAGCGAAAAACGCCGGGGAAUCUUUCUUGCUGUUGGAGCUUUCUUCUCUCGUACUUCUGGUGCUGUAAUCUCACUGAGUGUUACAAUUUGGAUGUAGACCACCCCAUUAGUUUCAGUGGACCAAAUGGAUCUUUAUUUGGAUAUUCUGUAUUGUUACACAAGAACCAGACAAACACAUGGUUAUUAGUCGGAGCUCCAGUUGCGAAUUCGUCUUCCUACCCAGCCGUAAAAGAACCAGGAGCAAUUUAUAAGUGCAGCAUCUCGGACAAGAGAGAAUGUCAGCAAAUAUCAACAGGUGUGGACAGUUGUGGGAAGACAUGCUUCUCUGAGAGUGACAACCAGUGGCUCGGAGUCAGCCUGUCCAGACAGCCUCGUGAUGGCCAUGUAUUGGCAUGUGGGCACCGUUGGAAGAACGUGUUCUAUUCCAGGAAAGAAAACCUGAACAAGCUGCCUCAUGGUGUCUGUUACAGAUACGAGGCUGACCUCAAACAGGCUCAACCACUCAUCCCAUGCUACAAAGAUCACCAACGGAAGUUUGGUGAGGACUAUGGAUCAUGCCAAGCAGGGAUAUCCAACUUUCUGACUGAGGACUUGAUAAUAAUGGGAGCCCCAGGGACAUCGUACUGGACUGGGUCUGUCCUGGUCUACAACACCUCCAGCAAGGUCCUGUCUGCCUAUGUGGAUGACAGCAGCACUGUCCUCUAUGGCAGUUACCUCGGCUACUCGGUUGGGGCCGGCCACUUCCUCCACCCUGACUCCACAGAGAUUGUUGGCGGUGCGCCCCAGUACGGGCAGACUGGUAAGGCCUACCUAUUCAGAGCUGAAGAAAACAUGCUGAAGAUAAUCAGUGAAGUCAAGGGCAGCAAGCUCGGCUCGUAUUUUGGUGCCAGUGUGUGUGCCGUGGACCUGAAUGCAGAUGGCCUGUCUGAUCUACUGGUAGGAUCUCCCAUGUACAGCACCGUGAGAGAGGAAGGACAAGUCCAUGUCUACAUCAACCAAGGAGCCGCUAAUAUGAAGGAAGCAGAGUUUCAGUUGGUGGGAAGCAACUCGUAUGCUGCCAGAUUUGGGGAGACCAUAACUGAUCUGGGAGAUAUUGAUGAUGAUGGCUUUGCUGAUGUGGCAGUGGGGGCUCCGCAGGAAGAAGAGCUGCGUGGGGCUAUAUAUAUCUACAAUGGGAGGAAAACAGGGAUCUCUCAGACCUUCUCUCAAAGGAUCACUGGCUCUGUUCUGGGUAAUGAGUUAAAGAUGUUCGGCCAGUCUGUGUCAGGAGGCAUCGAUGUUGAUGAAAACGGUUACCAAGAUGUAGCAGUAGGGGCCUUCCUCUCAGACUCAGCUGUGGUUCUGAGGACUCGUCCAGUGAUAUUGGUAGAAGCCUUCAUGCCCCUGCCUGUCAGUGUAAACCGCUAUAUAACGCUGUGUUCUGACAACGGUCUUCCUGCUGUCUGCAUCAAUGCUACAGUCUGCUUCAGGGUCCAUGCUCGACACUUCACCUCUUCAAUAGUGCUCCAGUAUAAUCUGACAGCAGACACGCAGCACAAGGAGUCCUUCCCCUCACGUUUCCAUUUCCACGGAAACGGGACGUCCAACACUACAACAGGGCGGGUCAAGACCAGACACGACCAGCUGACCUGCGUCCCCCACCAGGCAUUCAUGAGGAAAGAUGUCCGAGAUAUCUUCACACCCAUCCAUUUUGAGGUUUCGUACGCCCUCAGAGAGCACACUGUCCAUAACGGGGGAUCCACUUUCCCUGCUCUGAAACCCAUACUGCAGCAGAGAGGGGGACACGGUAACCUGGUGGCCAAUAAGACAGAGUUUGCUCGGUACUGUUCAUUGGCCAACUGCUCAACCAAUCUGCAUGUCUCUGCUCAACUGGUGUUACCACAGAGACACAACAACAUGCCGUACUUUGCACUUGGCAAUGGGAAGACCAUCAUGUUGAACACAACCCUGGUGAACACGGGAGAUGAUGCAUUCCUCCCCAGACUCCAGCUCCGAUUCCCCAGUAACCUGCACUUCAUCAAAGUGCUUGACGCAGAGGAGAAGUUUGUGAGCUGUGACAUUUCAGAGGAGAACAAGACAAUAGUAGGAGUGGAUUGCAGUGUGGGAAACCUGUACCUCAGCUCUGGGGCCAAGGUCAAUAUUAGUUUUCUGUUGGAUGUGAACCUGAGUAGUAGUGCUGGUGACGUUAGCAUCUCCAUAAACGCUAGUGGGGACAAUUAUGAAAACGAGGAUCUUCUGCACGACAACUCUGCCACUCUGAUGUUACCACUGAGAUAUGGAGUAGAUGUCAACAUCCAUGGGUUUAUGACUCCAACAGCCUUUGUAUUUGGUGACCAGGCGCCUAUUCCAGUUGAUUGCUACACAGAGACAUUCAACUACACUUACAAGGUUGUCAAUAUUGGUCUAAGCAAAUCUCUCAACACGAUAGUGGAGAUUGAUAUUCCCAAGAUCCUAUCACCAUAUCCAUACAGAUUACUCCACAUCACAGACUUCCAUACGUCUCUUGGAGAAUGCUCCAUUCGAAACGACUCCAUUGCGGUGGAGGAUGACUGUGAGGUGCCACAGUCCUCUUUCAUCAAAGAACUGGUCUUCUUCUUCUCCAAAACCAGCAAACGCAAAAUGUUCUGUGCCCAUGGUGAUGACCUGUGCCUGACUCUGGUGUGUAGACUAGGAGAUAUGGACAUUGGGAAAGAAGCCACCAUUCACAUGGAAGUGAAGCUGAAUCCUACCGUUCUACAGCUCUCACCUGGACGUCAUGGAGUGAUGCUGAUGGAGAGUACUGGCAUCAUCACAUCACCAAGGGAGGACCCUCAAACCAUCAUCCUACAGCAGAUCCCUAUCGCUCAGGUUGUGUUGGAGGCCCACUUCAGCCAGAAGCCUCAGGCAGCAGUGGAGGUGUUUAUCAUUGUACUGAGUCUACUGGUGGGACUCCUGAUCCUGGCCCUGCUCAUCUUUGCCCUCUGGAAGGGUGGUUUCUUUAAAAGGCAGUUUAAGAAGGAGGAUGAGAUCAGGAGGGAUAGCUGGGACUAUGUGCCAAAACAUUUGACUAAGACUGAGAGUAGAUCCUAAGAUUGAGACCAAGACAGAGUGACUGUGUCCUAAUACAGAAUGGUUCUAUACUACAACAUGGACUAAGAGGCACAUUUUGACUGAGAUCAUCCAAACCCAAGGGAAAGAACUGCUGGACCAUUCAAAUUGUGAUGGCUCAGAAUGACAAGGAAAGAAAAAAAUGUCAUUUCCCUAAAACAUGCAAGAGGAAAAGGCUGAGCAAGUGUAAGUUUGAAAUGUGUUGUCAGUGGGAUUACUAUAUUACACUUUACCUCUGGGUUUGGUGCAGUGAGACUAUAAAACAUUGGAGUGUUUACAUUGAAUGUAUGUUAGAACAUGUAAUGUACAUUAGAACAUGUUAUGUACAUUAGAACAUGGACUAUGUACAUUUGAACAUGUCAUGUACAUUAGAACAUGGACUAUGUACAUUAGAACAUGUCAUGUUCAUUAGAACAUGGACUAUGUACAUUAGAACAUGUCAUGUACAUUAGAACAUGUCAUGUUCAUUAGAACAUGUCAUGUACAUUAGAACAUGUCAUGUACAUUAGAACAUGGACUAUGUACAUUAGAACAUGUCAUGUACAUUAGAACAUGUCAUGUUCAUUAGAACAUGUCAUGUACAUUAGAACAUGUAUUAUGUACAUUAGAACAUGGACUAUGUACAUUAGAACAUGUCAUGUUCAUUAGAACAUGUAUUAUGUACAUUAGAACAUGGACUAUGUACAUUAGAACAUGUCAUGUACAUUAGAACAUGUCAUGUACAUUAGAACAUGGAUUAUGUACAUUAGAACAUGGGCUAAGCGAUCUCACAGAAACAGGCUUAUCAUUCCUGUUUUCAUUUCCUACCAAGAUCUCAGGAAGUGAAAACGGAACAUUCCAUUGUCUUGUUAAAUAAGCAUAAACCGAAACAAGGAGGUACUAUCUGUACCUGUCCAUUAAUUGAGGACUGCUCAUUUUCCAUUGUAAAACAUUUUGCUACGCUGUGCCCUAAUGAACAUGACCCAUGUCUCACAGACCUGACUACUUGGAUUCGGUCGCAGUACAAAACAUUUAUGAAUGCACUGCUGAAGCUUUUCUUCAUGCAUAGGAACUUCAUCUGUAUACACUCAGAGGCCAGUUUAUUAGGUACAACACCUUGUUCACGAAAAUGGUUCACUCCUACAGACAGUGAGUCACGUGGCCGUGGCUUGCUAUAUAAAGCCGGCAGACAGGCAUCAAGGCAUUCAGUUACUCUUCGAUUGAACUUUAGAAUGGGCAAAAUGAGUGACCUAAGCGACUUUGAGCAUGGCAUGAUCGUCGGUGCCAGGCGCGCCAGUUCCAGUAUCUCAGAAACGGCCGGCAUCCUGGGCUUUUCACGCACAACAGUAUCUAGGAUUUAACGAGAAUGGUGAGACAAACAAAAAACAUCCAGUCAGCAGCAGUCCUGUGGACAAAACAGCUCGUUGAUGAGAGGUCGAAGGAGAAUAGCAAGAAUCGUGCAAGCUAAGAGGCGGGCCACAAACAAGCAAAUAACAGUGCAGUACAACAGCAUCUCAGAACACACAACUCGUCGGUCGUUGUCACGGAUGGACUAUUGCACAGACGACCGCACCGGGUUCCACUCCUAUCAGCUAAAACAAGAAGAAGUGGCUCCAGUGGGCACGUGAUCACCAACACUGGACAAUUGAGGAGUGGAAAAACAUUGCCUGGUCCGACGAAUCCUGGUCCCUGUUACAUCAUGCUGAUGGCAGAGUCAGGAUUUGUCAUAAGCAGCAUGAGUCCAUUGCCUCCUCCUGCCUUGUGUCAACGGUAAAGGCUGGUUGCGGUGGUGUAAUAGUGAUGGAAAUGUUUUCCUGGCACACUUUAGGUCCCUUGAUACCAAUUGAGCAACGUGUCCAUGCCCCAAAGAAUUCAGGCGUGUCUGGAGGCAAUGUGGGGUCCGACCCAGUAUUAGAUGGGUGUAACUAAUAAACUGGCCGUUGAGUGUAUAUCGAUAUAUACACAUCUAUAUGUCAAAUCUAUAUCAUCAAUAGGUGUGUAUAUAUAUAAAUAUAGAAGUGGAUGGGACUGGCGUUUAAGCUUAUUUAUGUAGUAUAGAACUGAAGACAACAGAAGGAUGAGGAGGACAGUGUAGUGUCAUCUGUGAAAAAAGGGGCUGUUGUUGGGUGUCACUCAACUCACUGACUGACUCACUGAAUGACACAUGCCACUCCUCAAGGGGACAGCACCCUGAGUGUGUGUGUGUGUGUGUGUGUGUGUGUGUGUGUGUGUGUGUGUGUGUGUGUGUGUGUGUGUGUGUGUGUGUGUGUGUGUGUGUGUGUGUGUGUGUGUGUGUGUGUGUGUGUGUGUGUGUGUGUGGAAGGAAGGAAGGAAGGUCUUGGAUGAAAUUGGAUGUUUGGAGCAACUUCUAAAUUUGACGUUUGCAGAACAGAUGAACAUCUGAUUAUGCAGUGAGACUGUGAGAGCUCGUUGCUCGUCACCAUGCCAGCAGAAGUUUUCAAUGCAGUCAGAAAUAAAAAAUGUAAAAGCUGGUUCUUCAGUGACUCAGAAAUGUUCCUCAAGGCAUAGCAGACAUGCCAGGCCUUAAAUGCAACACACGGAACACUGGCCUUCCAAUUUUUACAUUUUCAUCCCUUUGGAUUCCCUGUUGGAAUCUUUGGAAUCCGUGGAUUGUGUUCUUACUGUAGCUGUAAGGGAUUGGAACAUUCAGGUUUAGGAGAUGUGGUAUGCCUUGAUGAUGAUGAUGUUUUGUUGUUGAAUGAGGAAUAGUAACAUGUUUUUACUGCUUGUAUUUUAAGGUUCAGGACAGUUAAUUCAGGGAGUCAACCUUUCCUGACCAAGUUGUCAGUUAUGACAAAAAUAAAGGGGGCACAUUCCAAUUUGAAUUUCAAUAAAAUGAAAUUAUAAUUUUAUUUUUAAUAAAUAAGUGUGUGGCGUGUAAAAAUGAA